GAGAAUCUGCUUCCGGAUCAGAACAGGCCGCGAGAUGGGGAAGAUGGCGGCGGUCGUGGGCUCCGUGGUGACUCUGGCGACGGAGCCUGGGGAGGACGCCUUUCGGAAACUUUUCCGCUUCUACCGUCAGAGCCGGCCCUGGACCGCAGACCUGGGAGGGGUCAUCGACUUCUCGGCGGACCAUGCAGCUCAUGACACGGGUCCUGGUGCCCACAAGGUGGUCACAUCUCAGCUAAAUGUGUCUUCUGUCAGUGAACAUGAUGCACGUAGAGCAGGUCUUCAGCCCAUCAGCAAGUGGCAAGCCUAUGGACUCAAAGGCUAUCCUGGGUUUAUUUUUAUCCCAAACCCCUUCCUCCCAGGUUACCAGUGGCACUGGGUGAAACAGUGCCUUAAGUUAUAUUCCCAGAAACCUAAUGUAUGUAACCUGGACAAACACAUGACUAAAGAAGAGACCCAAGAUCUGUGGGAACAAAGCAAAGAGUUCCUGAGGUUUAAAGAAGCGAACAAGCGAAGACCCCGAAGUUUACUGGAGAAACUGCGUUGGGUGACCCUAGGCUACCAUUAUAACUGGGACAGUAAGAAAUACUCAGCAGAUCAUUACACACCUUUCCCUUCUGACCUGGCUUUCCUCUCAGAGCAAGUAGCCACUGCCUGUGGCUUUCAGGGUUUCCGAGCCGAAGCGGGGAUCCUCAAUUACUACCACCUGGACUCCACACUGGGCAUCCACGUAGACAGAUCGGAGCUAGAUCACUCCAAACCCUUGCUGUCAUUCAGCUUUGGACAGUCUGCCAUCUUUCUCCUGGGUGGUCUCCAAAGGGAUGAGGCCCCCACGGCCAUGUUUAUGCACAGUGGUGACAUCAUGAUAAUGUCCGGUUUCAGCCGCCUGUUGAACCACGCCGUCCCUCGUGUCCUUCCAAAUCCAGAGGGGGAAGGCCUGCCUCACUGCCUAGAGGCACCUCUCCCUGCUGUGCUCCCCAGAGAUUCCAUGAUAGAGCCCUGUUCUGUGGAGGACUGGCAGGUGUGUGCCAGCUACUUGAAGACUGCUCGUGUUAACAUGACUGUUCGACAGGUGCUGGCCACAGACCAGAAUUUCCCUUUAGAACCCAUUGAGGAUAAAAAAAGAGACAUCACUACAGGAAGCUUCUGCCAUCUGGAUGACCAGCACACCCAAGUAAAACGGGCCAGGAUAAACCCUGACAGCUGAGACUUGGAGAUCCCAUCCUUUUACUCAGGCACCUGCUUACCGUAAAUGACCAUAUUAUUAUGUAUUGCCAUGAACUUCAGCACCCAGGCAAGCCAAAAACAGAGACAGGGAAGAACUCAUCGUUGAUCACACUGUUGCCCUGGAACCCAUGCAGAAGUAAAUGCAUUAGCCACUUUGCUCAGAGAAGUGUUUGACAUGGUCUGAUCCUAGUUACGUGUUGCCUCUAAUGUACGUUGAGAAAUCAGUCCAAGGAGAUAUGUUCUUCCACAGCAGCCUUCUCAGCCUCUCCCAUUUCCAUUGAGGGAGGUAGAAGUGAGUUUCCGUGUCUACAGAGUCUUUAGAUACCUCAGAUUUUAUUAAUGGGAAAUAUAGCACCCCUCCCUCCACUGCAUCUGGUAAUUUAUGGUAAAAUUGUGGUUCCGUGAACCAUAUUAGUCUCAUCUUCCUAACUCCCUCAGUCAUCAAAUUCUUUGAUCUCUUUGAUCUUCUCUGGCUCUCACAGAAGAAUCCUUUACGCUUGAAAACAAUGGAACUGGAAAAUCUUGUCUCUUAGAAAAGAAGCUAAUCACAACUAUCUCUCUGGCCUAAAAAAUAUAUGUGAACCCAGGGCAAGAGGAAUUUAGUUUUUCCACUUGUCAUUUCGGUCUCCAAACUCCCUGUUGUCUUUUUAAUGCAAUUUUAAUUGUUGGAAUAAAAAAGUCCCAAGGGCCUUUUGUUACUGUUUUCUCCAUGAGUAAACUCACUUGAUUUUAAAUUAAA